AUGGCUGCAACAAGGUCUGUGAGGGUGAGAGUUCCCUCACUUGCACGUUCUUCUUCUUUAGAUGAGGCCUGUUACCUUGAUUUCGAGUCACCAUGGCUUGGCCCGGCUUGGGAGGUCAUGUUGUUGCUUUUGGUCUUCUUUCUUGGAGGCAUUGAUGAAGAUAAUGGCCUAAUCCCCGGCAGAGUCGCCAAUUUAUGUAGGGGACCUUUUCUCCUAGCAGCUAAGAUGGGUCGGGCUGCUGUAAAGAGUAGACUAACAAAAUUGUCCCCUUUGCCUGAGUUCAAAAAUUAA